CAAUUUUACAUAUCAUUCGAAGAUAAAUCAAUCCAAUAAGAUCUACUCUGAUUCUAAGAGGGCUUCCAUUCUUAGAAGAUAUCUAGAGAAUUGAAGAUUCGAUUUUGAGUGUUUGACUUUGAUUUACCAUUUUAAGAAAUUCAUUCGAUUAGGUACAUGCCACUUUAAAGUCAAAUCCAUCAAUUUGUUCAUACAAAACUUAUCAUUUGUGAUUAACAAACAGAUUCACCUCUUAUAGAAAUAGAAAUAGAACGUUCUUAAUUCCAAAUUCAUCUCUUUGUUCUUCUUUCUUCUCCAAACCCAUCAGAUUACACUGGAUUAUCAAUAACAUCAAUAAUUCACCAUCAACACAACAACUCAAAUAACAAAAUGGCAUUCAAUUCAAUCAUUCAAAGAUUUCGUUCACAUUAUAAUCAAAAAUCAAAUUGUAAAAAAACUAACUCAAGUCGAUCAAAUCCAAUCAAACGAAAUCCAUCCAACUCAAACAGAAAACCAUUCUCAAAGAAGCAUACAAUCACAUCACAGUCACAGCCAUCAUCAAUUCCAAUUCCAAUCUCAAAUCAACCUAUCCUGAGUUCUAAUUUUGUAGAAGAACAUUUGAAUUCAUCAACUUUACCAUUACCACCAUUAUCAUCAUCUCACAAUCAUUCAAGCUUAUCACUCAACACUAAUUCUCUGACGUCUAAAGUUGUUCCUACUAUCACUAAUAUCUCCAGAACUGCUCCUUCUACUCCUGUGACCGCCAAAUCUUCUCAUAUUCCUCAUCACACUGAUCAUCUUGAAACUAGUUCUCAUUUAAUCAACUCUUCUUCAACCUCACAUUUAUCACAUCUAUCAAACCCAAAUCAUUCUCAUCACGAUAGUUCAUCUAGUGAACUUUCUUCUCCUACUAGUCCUACUGCUACUUCUGUUCCUUCUCAUGAUUCUACACAUUCAUUCAAAGUUACAAAGAACACGAAACGUCCAACAUCUCAAAGUCGAGUUAAAGAUGAGCUAAUUUCGAAAGAUUUGGAUGAAUUGAAUACCAAACUUCGUCCUCAAGCUUCGAAAUCUAAUUCGUUUUGGAAAAGAAUGAGUAAAAGUAGUACUUUGAUGCAAAUUAACAAGAAAUCAUCGAACGAAUCAACUGAUAAACUUGAUAUGAUCUCUCAAAGAGAGCAACCAGAUCCAACAAAACAAAUCGAUCAAGAAAAUGUACAGUCAGAACGAGUUAAAUCUACUUCGAAUUUCAAUGAAAUGGGACUCAAUUCACAAACUUUGGGAUCGGAACCUCAUCUCACCCCACAAAGUUCAUUAAAUCCUAAUCAACCAAUUAUAAAUUUAACAGGAGUAGGAACUCGAAACCGAAACAGUUUUCAAAAACUACCGACAAGUUCAAGUUACACGGAACUUUCAAAUCACAAACGACACAGUAGACCAUUAUCAAAUUAUUCACCUAUCAAUUCAUCACCUCUAUCUACUCAAACUAGUUUACAUCAAGAUCAAGAUUUCAGUAAACUUCAAAGACCUACACUUCGAAAUAUGGAUAAACGUUCAAGUUAUUCUUCAAACAGAUUGAGUAUUAUUCCAGAUGGAUCACUUACUUCUUCGGAUGAUUUAAUGAAACUUUUAAGAGGUCCUUCUCCUUAUCCUAUGGAAGCUCAACCUCAAUUCUUUUCAAAUUCGGCUCCAAAUUCUAGACCUGUUUCUCGUCAAAGUAGAUUGAUUCAUGAAAUUUGAUCGUUUUUUUUGUGUUUCUCUUUAACUUUCAAACCGAGUUUAAUCUUUUUUUACCUGUUUUCAUAAAAAGAUUUCUUAACUUAAUCCUUUUUUUUCAUCACUUCGUUUUUACCUUUUACAUUGUUUUCUUUUCUUUUCGAAAUAUGUAAGUAUCAUGACUGCCUAUUUUGUUUUUCUCUUUUUUUUGUAUAUUGUCAUGUUGCUUGUGUGAUUUUUUUUUGUAAAAACCUUUUUUUUUUGUGUACGACUUUGUAAAUUGUUUUUCUUUUUUUGGAUCAUUCAACUUUAAAAUUUUUCUAGAAUGAUUGCAAUUUUGUGAUUUUCUUUUACAUUCGUUAUUCCACAACCUGCAACAAAUUCAUACAUAGGACUUACACCCCUU